CCCAACACUGGAAGUGGCCUAUUAAGGCACAAAGCCUUGUCAAUUAAUGUUCCUCAUAUUUGUGAAAUACCUCAACAUGGUCAGGUGUCAAUCAAUACAUGCCACUUUCUGUCCUCCUCAGCCUGUUACUAUCUCCCACCAAAGGCUCCGCCUGCUCUCUGCAAGGAUAUUGCCUUUCUCGCAAGUGAAAGUAUUUAAAUGUUAAGGGCAGGAGCCGCUGUAUUCUGAAGUAAACCGGACCACAAGAAACACACGUGUGGGAAGUUGACAUUGGAGCCGCUCUAUACCGACCAUCUAACAGCGUUUCUUUGAGGCAAACAUCACCAGUGGCUACAAAUACAUAGAACUGUACAUUUUGCUACCCUUUUUAAUUCAUAUCUAUGCAAGAUUCAAUUUUUUAAAAUUAUUUAAUGGACAUGCAUCUCCUUACUGUCGCGCGUAAAAUAUGCAUACAAAUAGGCUAAUCUUCAUGCGCGUAAUAAUUCCAUCCCACCAGUGCAUAUGGAUGUAUUACAACUCCACGAAAGCAACCGGGAUAUACAUUAUCUCUACUAAGCAACAUCAAAGAAGACCUUGAAUUCUGCAGAGGAGGGAUGAUUGACACGAGAGGGAAUUGACCGACUUGUGGAAUAACGGUGGUCGUUUGAUCACAGUGCGAUUUCUAUCCUUGGGAUUUAUAAUUCUGGAUGGCCCCCUGAACGUCUUUAAAUCGUCCUGGAACGUUUUAUUGUGAAUACUGUCAAUGAGUGAAUGUGAAUCCUACCUGGAACAUUGGACCGAACCUUCAGUUGUUUCUGGAUCUCCAUCGUCGGGCUAUCAAUUUAUAAGCUGUAACAGAAGGGAGAUUAAAUCCAAGCUGAAAUUCCCGCUGGGAAGGACUGUUAUUUCCCAGAGAACUCAUGUGGAAUUGGAAUAGUGGAAUUCAUGAAGAAAUAUUUGACUUAUUUCAAUAUGAGGCUUAGAACAUCGAGAUUAGGCUACCUGUUACUUCAGUUCUUAGCGCUGUGUUUUUACACACAGAACACAGUGCAGUCCCACUCCCCAUCUCCUAAUUUCAAGCACCAUGUGAACGAGCAGUGCCGGUUGUCUGACCGAAUGAGCCGCCGGUUGAUUCGGACCUACCAGCUCUACAGCCGGACCAGCGGCAAACAUGUCCAGGUUCUGGGCAAUAAGAAAGUGAAUGCCAUGGGCGACGACGGAGCUGUGCACGCCAAACUUGUGGUGGAGACGGACACGUUUGGUAGUCGUAUUCGGAUCAAAGGAGCAAAGACUGGCUACUACAUCUGCAUGAACAAGACAGGGAAAUUGAUUGGCAAGCGGAAGGGUCGCGGCAAAGACUGCAUCUUCACAGAGAUCGUUCUGGAGAACAACUACACUGCUCUCCAGAACGCUAAAUAUGAGGGCUGGUACAUGGCCUUCACACGCAAAGGAAGGCCCCGCAAGGCCUCCAGGACCAAGCAACACCAGAGGGAGGCCCACUUCAUGAAACGCCAGCCCAGGGGCCACCUCCUGGGUGUCGCCCAGCCCUUUGAUGCCCUCCCCCUCCCUGUGGUCCCCUUCCACCCUCGGAGGACUAAACAUACCUAUCACCACAGCUCAGGGGCCCACUGAGGAAAGAACAGACGAAGAAGAAGAGAAAGAAUAGG